AUGCCAGGUAACCAUUCUCCACCCCCGUCUACAUAUCACUCACACCCCACGAAUAAUAACAAUAAUAAGAAAGUUCAGGGCCGUGGCCGAUUUAUCGUGUCCAACCAAUCUCCAGAAGGAAGCACUCCUCCAAGCCCUGCUGUGCGCCAGUUGGCGGCGCCCUGCAAUCAAGGAUCCACGCGGGAAGUCGCUCCUGGGACGGCCCGCUCAGGUCCAUGUCAGCACCCUCCACGGUACAAUAACGAAGGGGAUCAGGCCGCGAUGUCACAAGGGGACUCGGCGCCUCGUGCCAUCUCCCGUCAUUCUUCCCGGUCUCCGACAGAGGCAGGAAAGCCCGCGUCCUCUCCCCCGCUUCGACAGACUCAUGACCAGCAAGAUGGCCCGAGAGCCACGCCACAUCGUGACCCCGUUAGCUUUGGCUUAGCUCAGAGCGAGACGAUCAAUCAACAGGGCGCAAACCGGGUGGUGGACACGCGCGGCGGCUUUAACCCAGCUAGCUCAUACGGAGACAGCCCCGCAGGGCAGCAGCACUCUUCAUCUCGACCACAGCCUUCGUCAACGGGAGGAGGCUCGCAGUCGAGCAUGGCAAUGGGUCAAUACGGGGCGGACCGAUCGCCUUCCCACCAUUUCGUCUACCAAGCUUCCGGCUCUUCGACGCCCCGAUCAACCGCCCACGUUGCCCCUCCCACGACGUCCCCCGCGGUCCCAUCGACGUCGGCGUCGGCAGACCGAGGGUCGCCCCAAUCUAUGCAUCCGUAUCCUGUGGCCGCGAGGCGGAUUUUGACGCCCAAGUCUCCACGGACUGCGAGUCUGAGCCGAGCUGCGAUGAGGACGGUCGAAAGCCAACAUUUCGUAGGUAGCCUGCCGCCGCCUGUCCCAAGAGGGCCUCAUGAAACCCAAAUACAUGGCAACGUGCCUUCCCCCCUGGGGUCUUCGCCGCAUCUACGGAACUCAGCUCCUGAACAUGGCCCGACGGACCCCCCGACGACCCGGCCGACAUCUGGCCUGUCCAGAUCGCUGUCGCAUCCCAACCUGAGCCACGGCGUAUCCCCGGCACCUCCGAACGAGCUACUACAGACAGCAGGCCAUAAGCGCGAGCAUAGUGGACGCCCCGUUCUCUCUGGCCCUCCAUUCGCGGCUCCGCUCCCGCCCAGCCAUUCAUUUAGUACUCCAGCGGCUCCGGAAGAUUCGAGAUGGGGAUCCAAUCUUCUCGGCUCCAUGUCCAGCGGUGCAGCGAGGAACCUCCCGAUGGUAGAGGGCCAGCCGUUUCUGGCUAUCACCCCGCGGCACGGCGAGGAGAUUGUGGUCGCGGUCGAUGUACAUCAGGGAUCUCGUCAGGCAGACCAGAAACGCCAGCGUAACGCCGGGGCAUCAGCAAGGUUCCGGCAGCGGAAGAAGGAGCGAGAGAGAGAGCAACAGGAGGAAUUUCAGAAAUUGGAGAACGAGAAUCGGGACCUGGAGCGAAAGAACGAGGCCCUCGUCAAACAUUGUCAGGACCUCGAGGCCGACCGAGACUUCUACCGGGAGAGCCGGAACCGGCUACGGGAUAUCAUUUCUCGGAUGCCCAACGGCCAGGAGUGGAUCGAUCGGGAACCGGCCAGCCCAAUGCUCAGGACUGCGGAAGGGCCUUCCGCCUCUGAGGGCAGCACCUUGCUUCACCAGCCUCCGCCAGUCCCUUCUCACGGGCACUCCCCCAGACAGCACCAUCACCAACCUCCGUUCUACUCCCCUCACCUCCAUCCGCUCUCGCAGCCGCACCCCCCACGUUUGGCAAGGCGGAGGAGGACGGAUUCCGAGCCCCAGCUCCCGACCAGCUCCUACAACCUCAUGACGCCAACAUCCCUUCCACCUAUCACAGGUCCAGGCCUGGGAUCUGUGUCUCUGCCUCCACAUGCCUCUUUUGCGAUCCCCCCUUCACCACACGUUACACCGCCACUAGGAGCGGCCCGACUGCCUCCAUUACGCUUCGACCAGUCUCGUACUCCGUCAACAACACCGCCUCCCAUCCGAACCGCCCCACCGCCGCAACUGAGCAUUCCACCACCGCACUCUGGUGACAACCCAUAUGUUUCGACCCGGAGGCUGCCGUACGAGACCGGGUGGGCGACUGAUCCACGUCCAGAGGGGGAUGGUAGCGGCCCUAGGUGA